AUGUCUUUCCUUCAUGGAGUUCUUGGCACUGUGAAAAAUGAUGAGAGCGUUAAGAAAUAUGAUGGUUACAUUAAAUUAUCAAAUAUUAAUGAUGGUUUAGAUAAUGUUCUCUCCACUUUACGAUCUAAAAUUGGCGCCGGGCGUGAUGGCCUUUCGGAGUCUGUCACCAAGGUGAAGGAGUGGUUGGGGAAUUAUAAUGAUGAAGUUGAAAAGAAGACAAAAGCAGUGACUCAAGGAUUAUCUGCACUUAUAGGUGUUGAUAAUGAGUAUUACAAGAGCGUUGAAGGCAAGGCGUCCAAGCCGCUGCAGGAGCAGUUGGAGGGAUGGAAGAAUAUAAUCCCUCGCAUUUUUGACGAGGUUGUCACUAUAGAAACUAAGCACAUUAAUAUGUUAGACAGUAAAUUACAUGAUAAAUUGAUGCAUGAGACUAAGCCUAUUAAAGAGGCCAUUAAAAUGCUGAGCAAGUCAGCUGAACAGAAGAAAUUCGUUGAUCAGAUCAGAUUGGUAGAUGAGACAUUAGAAAAACAAGAAAAGGACGUUAAAAAUAGAAUAGAUGAAGAAUCAAAAGAACUUAAGUUGAAGUUGGUUAACCAGAGAGAUAGAUUGCUAGCAGAAAUUAAGGAGGAAUUUCCUAAGGUGGAAAAGAUGUUGGAACACGAAUUUCACAAAAUCGGUAAAAUAGUCAAAAGUUUGGAAAAGAUUGAAAAGGAACAGUUUAAGGAUAUAAAAGAGGCGUUGAAGGCGGUUAACAAUUUUAUGGAUACUGAUUUUUAUAGGAACCAUACAUAUGUCAUAAAAGGAUUUAUAUAUGAUAUUAAAACGGCACUAUGUGAUGUAGAUAGGGAGAAUGAGAAGGCCGGUGCCGAUCGUGGCAAGUCCAAGCUUCAUCAAGAUGUUUUGGCUCUUCAGCAGCAGGUUAACCAGAUUGGAGAACAGCUGAAGGGGAAGGAUGAGGAGUUGACAGCAUGGAAUGCUGCCGGUGCGGAGGCCGUCAAACUGGCGAAGCAGAAGUGUGAUGAGAUAGUCAAGAAGUUGGAUGGUCAACGUCAUGGUAAUGACGACAAUGGAGAAAGAGCACGAUGCUUGUAUUCUUUGGAAAGCCGUUGUUUCUGCUAA